AUGUGUUUCCUCUUCUCCUCCUUCUCCUCCUUCUCCUCCCUCUCUCUCCUCCCUCUCCACCGUCCCCUCCCACCCCUCCUCCCUCCCACCCUUCUCACCCCUCCUACUCCUUUUUCCUCCUCCCACUCUUUUCCCUCCCCCCCUCCCUCUCCUCUCUCCUUCCCACUUCCUCUUUCCUCCCCACCCUCCUCCUCUCUCUCCUCUCUCCUCCCUCCCCCCUCUCUCUCCUCCCCCUCCCCUCUCCUCCUCCCUUCCCCUCUCCUCCCUCCCUCUCCUCUCUCCUCCCUCUCUCUCUCCUCCCUCUCUCCUCCUCCCUCUCCCCCUCUCCUCCUCCCUCCACCUCCCCUCCUCCUCCCUCUCGCUCCUCCCUCUCUCUCCUCUCUCCUCUCUCCCCUCUCUCUCUCCUCCCCCUCCCCUCUCCUCCUCCCUUCCCCUCUCCUCCCUCUCCCCCCUCCCUCCCCUCUCUCUCCUCCCUCUCCUUCCUCUCCCUCUCCUCCUCCCUCUCUCUCUCCUCCCCCUCCCCUCUCCUCCUCCCUUCCCCUCUCCUCCCUCUCCCCCCUCCCUCCCCUCUCUCUCCUCCCUCUCCUUCCUCUCCCUCUCCUCCUCCCUCUCUCUCUCCUCCCUCUCUCCUCCUCCCUCUCUCUCUCCUCCCCCUCCCCUCUCCUCCUCCCUUCCCCUCUCCUCCUCCCUUCCCCUCUCCUCCCUCUCCCCCCUCCCUCCCCUCUCUCUCCUCUCUCUCCUCCUCCCUCCACCUCCCCUCCUCCUCCCUCUCUCUCCUCUCUCUCUCCUCUCUCCUCCCUCCCCCCUCUCUCUCCUCCCUCUCUCCUCCCUCUCCUCUCUCCUCCCUCUCUCCUCCUCCUCCCCUUCCCCUCUCCUCCCUCUCCCUCCCCUCUCUCCUCCUCCCUCUCCCCCUCUCCUCCUCCCUCUCCUCCUCUCUCUCCUCCUCCCUCUCCCCGUCUCCUCCUCCCCCUCUCCUCCUCCCUCUCCCCCUCUCCUCCUCCCUCUCCUCCUCCCUCUCUCUCCUCCCUCUCCCCCUCUCUCUCCUCCCUCCCCCCCUCUCCUCCUCCCUCCACCUCCCCUCCUCCUCCCUCUCGCUCCUCCCUCCCUCCCUCUCUUCCUCCCUCUCUCUCUCCUCCCUCUCUCUCUCCUCCCUCUCCCCCUCUCUCUCCUCCCUCUCCCCCUCCCCUCCUCCUCCCUCUCGCUCCUCCUCCCUCCCUCUCACCCUCUCUCUCCUCCCUCUCUCUCCUCUCUCCUCCCUCCCCCCCUCUCUCCUCCCUCUCUCCUCCCUCCUCCCCUCUCCCCCUCUCCUCCUCCCCCUCUUGCUCCUCCCUCCCUCCGUCUCCUCCCUCUCCUCCUCCCUCUCUCUCUCCUCCCUCCCUCCCCCCCCCUCUCUCUCUCUCUCCUCCCCCUCUCCUCCUCCCCCUCUCUCUCCUCCUCCCUCUCCCCCUCUCCUCCUCCCCCUCUCCUCCUCCCUCUCUCUCUCCUCCCUCCCUCCCCCCCUCUCUCUCCUCUCUCCUCCCUCCUCCCCCUCUCAGAUCAGGCGGUUGA